CGGCGGCCCCGAAAGCGGCGCUGGAGCCUGAGGCGGCUCGGCUGAGGCGGCUCCUCCCCGCUCCCGCUCCCGCUCCCGCAGCCCGUUGCCCGCUCCUCCUCCCGGCCCGCCGGCCCAGGCCGCUCCCCGGGCCCGAAGAUGCCGGCCGUGUCCAAGGGGGACGGGAUGCGGGGCCUGGCCGUCUUCAUCUCGGAUAUCCGCAACUGCAAAAGUAAAGAAGCUGAAAUAAAGAGAAUAAACAAAGAGCUGGCAAACAUUAGGUCAAAAUUUAAAGGUGACAAGGCUCUGGACGGCUACAGCAAGAAGAAGUACGUGUGCAAGCUGCUCUUCAUCUUCCUGCUGGGCCACGACAUCGACUUCGGCCACAUGGAGGCCGUGAACCUGCUGAGCUCCAACAGAUACACCGAGAAGCAGAUUGGCUACCUCUUCAUCUCCGUGCUGGUGAACUCCAACAGCGAGCUCAUCCGCCUGAUCAACAAUGCCGUCAAGAACGACCUGGCCAGUCGCAACCCCACCUUCAUGGGCCUGGCCCUGCACUGCAUCGCCAACGUGGGCAGCCGCGAGAUGGCCGAGGCCUUCGCCGGGGAGAUUCCGAAAAUCCUUGUAGCCGGAGACACCAUGGACAGCGUGAAGCAGAGCGCGGCCCUGUGCCUGCUGCGCCUGUACAGGACGUCCCCCGACCUCGUCCCCAUGGGCGACUGGACGUCCCGCGUGGUGCACCUUCUCAACGACCAGCACUUGGGGGUGGUCACUGCGGCCACCAGCCUCAUCACCACCUUGGCGCAGAAGAACCCGGACGAGCUCAAGACCUCUGUCUCGCUGGCCGUCUCCAGGCUGAGCAGGAUCGUGGCGUCGGCCUCCACGGACCUCCAGGACUACGCGUACUACUUCGUGCCAGCCCCCUGGCUGUGCGUGAAGCUGCUGAGGCUGCUGCAGUGCUACCCGCCCCCAGAAGACCCUGCCGUGCGAGGCCGCCUGACCGAGUGCCUGGAGACGAUUCUGAACAAAGCCCAGGAGCCGCCCAAGUCCAAGAAGGUGCAGCACUCCAACGCCAAGAAUGCCGCGCUCUUCGAGGCCAUCAGCCUCGUCAUCCACCACGACAGUGAGCCCAACCUGCUCGUCCGCGCGUGUAACCAGCUGGGCCAGUUCCUGCAGCACCGGGAGACCAACCUGCGCUACCUGGCCCUGGAGAGCAUGUGCACGCUGGCCAGCUCCGAGUUCUCCCACGAGGCCGUGAAGACGCACAUCGAGACGGUCACCAACGCCCUGAAGACGGAGCGGGACGUCAGCGUGCGGCAGCGGGCCGUGGACCUGCUCUAUGCCAUGUGCGACCGCAGCAACGCCCAGCAGAUCGUGGCCGAGAUGCUGAGCUACUUGGAGACGGCCGACUACUCUAUUCGAGAGGAGAUUGUGCUGAAGGUGGCCAUCCUGGCGGAGAAGUACGCCGUGGACUACACGUGGUACGUGGACACCAUCCUCAACCUGAUCCGCGUCGCCGGCGACUACGUGAGCGAGGAGGUCUGGUACCGGGUCGUCCAGAUCGUCAUCAACCGGGACGACGCGCAGGGCUACGCCGCCAAGACCGUGUUCGAGGCCCUCCAGGCCCCGGCGUGCCAUGAGAACCUGGUCAAAGUGGGCGGCUACGUCCUGGGGGAGUUUGGGAACUUGAUAGCGGGAGACCCCCGAUCCAGCCCGCUGAUCCAGUUUAACCUGCUGCACUCCAAGUUCCACCUGUGCAGCGUCCCCACCAGGGCGCUGCUUCUGUCUACGUACAUCAAGUUCGUGAACCUCUUCCCGGAGGUGAAGGGCACCAUCCAGGACGUGCUGCGCAGCGACAGCCAGCUGCGCAACGCCGACGUGGAGCUGCAGCAGCGGGCCGUGGAGUACCUGCGGCUCAGCACCGUGGCCAGCACCGACAUCCUGGCGACCGUCCUGGAGGAGAUGCCCCCGUUCCCGGAGCGCGAGUCCUCCAUCCUGGCCAAGCUCAAGAGGAAGAAGGGCCCGAGCACGGUGACAGACCUGGAGGAGGCCAAGCGGGACAGGGGCGCCGACGUCAACGGGGGCCCCGAGCCUGCCCCGGCCAGCGCCAGCGCUGCGUCCACGCCAUCGCCGUCAGCAGACCUCCUGGGGCUGGGGGCCGCGCCCCCGGUCCCCGCGGGGCCCCCGCCCUCCUCCGGCGGGCUGCUCGUGGACGUGUUCUCAGACUCACCCUCUGCUGUCGCGCCCCUGGCUCCGGGCUCCGAGGACAACUUUGCCAGGUUUGUCUGUAAGAAUAACGGAGUCUUGUUCGAAAACCAGCUGCUUCAAAUUGGACUGAAGUCCGAGUUUCGGCAGAACUUAGGUCGCAUGUUCAUCUUUUACGGAAACAAGACCUCCACGCAGUUCCUGAGCUUCACGCCCACGCUCGUCUGCUCCGAUGGCCUCCAGGCCAAUCUGAGCCUGCGGACCCAGCCCGUGGGCCCCACCGUGGAUGGGGGCGCGCAGGUGCAGCAGGCCGUCAACAUAGAGUGCCUGUCCGACUUCGCGGAGGCGCCCGUGCUCAGCGUCCAGUUCAGGUACGGGGGAACCUUUCAGAAUGUGUCCGUUAAGCUGCCAAUCACACUCAACAAAUUUUUCCAGCCCACAGAGAUGGCUUCUCAGGAUUUCUUCCAGCGUUGGAAGCAGCUGAGCAGUCCCCAGCAGGAGGUGCAGAGCAUCUUCCGAGCGAAGCACCCGAUGGACACGGAGGUCACCAAAGCCAAGAUUAUUGGCUUUGGCUCUGCACUCCUGGAGGACGUGGAUCCGAACCCUGCAAACUUUGUGGGUGCAGGCAUCAUACACACCAAAACCAGCCAGAUUGGGUGCCUGCUGCGUUUGGAGCCGAAUCUGCAAGCCCAGAUGUACCGACUCACGCUGCGGACCAGCAGAGAGACGGUCUCGCAGAGGCUGUGCGAACUGCUCUCGGAACAGUUUUAAUCAGCGAGGACAGAGGGUCGGGCCGGCUCUGCGUUUUUCUUCGUCUCCACCCCGUCUUCGUGCUGCGAGUGAACACCUCGUCUAGUGUCGCAGCCGAGGCCCUCCCCGCUGCCGCGGCCCGUCCCCGACGGGGCGGGUGGGAUCCUGGGCGGUUGACGAAGAGACCCCUCGGCCUGGACUCAGCCGGCUGCCAGCCAGGACGAGGGGCACGGAUCCCGGGAUGGACUUUGAUGGAAAUCAGGACAGUUCUGGGGUUAAAUCUACAAAUUAAAGGGAAAUUAGAAGUUUGAAAAUGA